AUGGUGAUGUCAUUUUUCCCCCUGAGAAAACUCCGGCGGAACGGGAGAUACGUACUUUUCGGCGCGGUGUUCCUGGUCGGGGUUGUCGCUGUAUAUCUGCAGUUUGUGGCCACCAGCGCCUGGAGCAACAGUGGUGAGCAGAAACCUCUCAGAUACCAUCACUUUAAGGAGAAAAAGGAGGGGAACUGGACCAGACAGACUCCACAAACCUGGAAACCUGAAUUCAGCGGCCUGGCAAAUCUCCACAUAUUUGAGGACUGGUGUGGCAGCUCCAUCUCUCAACUACGAAAGAACAUACACUACCCUCUUUACCCGCAUUCCCGUAGUUCAGUGAAGAGACUGGCUGUCUCUCCCAGCUGGACAAACUACGGCCUACGAAUCUUUGGCUACCUCCACCCUUACACAGACGGGGAGUUUGUAUUUGCAGUGGCGUCUGAUGAUAACUCAGAGUUCUGGCUCAGUGAAGAUGAGGAUCCACAAAACCUUCAUUUACUGAAUUACGUUGGCAAGACGGGGAAGGAGUGGACUGCCCCAGGGGAGUAUGGAAAAUACGCCAGUCAGAUAUCUCAGCCUAUCAUGCUGAAGCAGAGACAGAAGUAUUUCUUUGAGCUCCUGCAUAAACAGGAUGACAGAGGAACGGACCACGUGGAGGUGGCUUGGCGCCUUAAUAAUCCAGAGACAAGAUUUACUCUGAUUGACUCGAAGCACAUCUCUCUGUACACCAAUGAGACCUCUCUGAAGAUGAGUGAUGUGGAUCACAUACCUCAGACAGCUGCCAGUCAUGUAGCUCCUCUCACGAUAUCCUCACAAGCCCCGCCCCAUGGGGCUGACAUGCUCAGGGAGGAUCCAAGAGACACAUUCUAUCAGAUCCAACUGAUUGACAGGUCUCAUUUGAAGGGAGUGUUACCUGACUGCUCCUAUAAACCCACCUACAUUCUGAAUGAUGUUCCACUGGCCCGAUACCAGGGCCUGCAGUUUGUUCACCUCUCUUUUGUCUACCCUAAUGACUACACACGCCUCACACACAUGGAGACUGAGAACAAGUGUGUCUACCCUGAGAGUCCAUUCUACCUUAAGAGGUUUGGAUUCUCCAAGUACAUGAAGUUGGAUCAGCCACGCAAUCAGAACACUGCACUACAAUACAGAGAUGAUGGGAUGAUGGGGUGGAGGGAAAGGGAGACGGUGGAGGAGGAAGAGGAUGAGAGGGAUGAAGGUGUGGACAGGGCAGAGGGGCUGCUGGAUUAUGGAGAUGAUUAUGAUGACUACACUCUAAAGCGGAGGAGAAAACUCUUCUCUGUUCAGUGGCCUGGACGAGAGGCCAAGAGAGCCAGGAGAAGAGAGCCACCAGCCGGGAACCGUCCCCCUGUACGUCAGCAUGGACCACUGCAACAGAAACAGCAUGAGCUUACAAUACAGGACCGACCAGUGUACCCUCAGAGAGAACUGAAUCUGCAGAACCACAACGCUGGACCACAGCACAAACCAGAGGAACUGACCCAACUGAGGGAGCCACAUCAAGAACUUUCUCUACAGAACAGAUUUGGAGGAGAGCAGAACCAUCUGCCAGAGAGACAGAACCAACCUCAGAAAAGCAGGCCAAGAAAAACACGAAGGAACCAGCAGCAGGAGAACCCAGCCAAGCAGGUCCAAGACAAAGAAGAGAGACGGGACAGACCCGCACGGUUAGACAUUUCACAGUUACAGCAUGAUCAGGCUGCUGACAAACUGAACCAGCCAGCAGGAGUACAGAAACCACCGGUUCCUUUCCUUCCUGUGGAGGACAGUAAAAUAGCUGCUGUCCAGAGGGGACGAGGAGUGAGGGAUCACCUGGAAAAGCAUCAGGUCCACAGAGCAGAGCCGCACAGGUCAGCCGAGGGAGAACGGAAUGGGACGGCCCUUCGCCCAAGACCUGCCGAGCAGAACGCAGUUAGCGCUCAACAAGCCAGCAGGAGGAGGUCAGAGGUGAAAGAUCAGGAGCAAAGGUCAGGUAGAGCAGUGCAACGUGGAGCAGUCAAUCAGAGAGGACAACUUAAGCCCCGUGACAUUAGAGCCAAACCCAAAGGCGUGGACACAGCUUUUGAGCGGUCCAAAAAAGCCAAGAAUAUCAAAGCUAGUAUUUUAGAUGGGAAAAAAAAUCAAGGGAGUAAUUUGACCAUUGUCAACAGAUCUGAGGUCAGGGUGGUUAUGUUGGGUGGAUCUGUGGGUAGGGCAGGCAGUAAUGCAGCUAAAGACAGCAAAGCUGUCUUAGGUCAUGGUAAGGAACCCAAGUCAGAGACUUUUGAAAAUAAAACAAAGAUUUCAAAUGGAGCAAAAGCCAAUCUAGCUGCAGUAGACACCCAAAAGAAAAGUGUAGUCAAAGAUAAGGCAGCCAUAUUAGAAAGGUCAAAAGAUAAGGCAGCCAUAUUGGAAAGGUCCCAAGAUAAGGCAGCCAUAUUAGAAAGGUCCAAAAACAAGGCAGCCAUAUUGGAAAGGUCCAAAAACAAGGCCAUCGUAUUGGGAAGGUCCAAAGAUGAGGGCGCCAUAUUGGGAAGGUCCAAAGAUGAGGCAGCCAUAUUGGGUGGGGCAAAGAAUAAUGCUUCUGCUGUAGGCAGGGCAGAGGGAAAUGAUGCAUUAGUGGACAGACAGAGGAGUAAAGGACUGGGAUUUCAGGGUAAUGCCAUCAUCCCACUGAAGCCUGACAGGGCUCUAAUCAGGGCCUCUGUCCACAUUACCCAUAAUGCACUUCAGCCAGCUAACGAAACAUCAAAAAGUGUAGAGACACAUCGUCCCGACCGCGCCCUGGGAGGUGUGGUGGGGGUUAUUGCGCCCCCUCCUGUGGGGUACAGAAAUAUCCCAGGGAAUGAGAUGGAGGAGGAGAGUGAGAUGAAUAAUGAGGUUGACAGAGGGGAGGAGACAGUGAAGGAAAAACACGGAGACCGAGAUGACGGCUGGUUUCUCUAUGAUCAAUCAGAUACUAUGGAUGUGGAAGAUGAUUUCGUCAAUAACGCAGUGUUUGACCCAGAAGUGAUCUGGGACCAGACAUUCCAGGUGAACCCAAUGGAUCCACAGACACUGCGCUCUGAUUGGAUAGACCUCCGCUGUAAUGUGUCAGGAAACCUGCUGCUCAGCCAAUCAGAAGCUCUGCCUGUUGUACAUGCCUUCAUGGAAAAACUGAACAGGAAGAAUCAUGGGCGGUAUGCUUUGCUGCGUGUGGUGAAUGUGGAGAAGCGGGUUGAUACGGGCCAGGGGAGUCGGUACCUGUUGGAACUGGAGUUGAUGGAGAGAUCUGGCCGACGUGUUCAUCUGGCCCAUUACAUAUAUGUUCUUGAGCCAACUGGCCGAGGCAGAAAAACCAGUAGAGAAUUACUGCUCUGCAACCCAGUGGGCUUCCAGUGGAACCCCAACACCAUGGUCCACUUCAUCAUUCCAGUGAAGAACCAGGCUCGCUGGGUGCGUCAGUUUAUUGUUGAUAUGGAGGAGCUGUACAGAGGCACUGGAGACAACAACUUCAACAUUAUCAUCGUCGACUACUCCAGCACUGACAUGGACAUAGAGAGGGCACUGCAAACAUCUCAACUACCCAGGAAACAGUAUCUAAGACUGGAGGGAAAUUUUGAGAGGUCAGCAGGACUACAGGCAGGAAUAGACCUUAUAACUGAUGAUCACAGUAUAGUGUUCCUGUGUGACCUGCAUAUUCAUUUCCCAAUGGGCUUUGUGGAUUCUGUGAGGAAACACUGUGUGGAGGGACACAUGGCCUUUGCCCCGAUUGUGAUGAGGCUCAACUGUGGAGCUACUCCUCAGGAACCUGAUGGUUUCUGGGAGGUGAAUGGUUUUGGUCUACUGGGGAUUUAUAAAUCUGAUCUGGUGGCAGUUGGAGGAAUGAACACUAAAGAAUUCACUGAUCGCUGGGGAGGAGAGGACUGGGAACUACUGGACAGGAUCCUGGAGGGAGGGCUGGAGGUAGAGCGACUGUACCUGCGUCAUUUUUUCCACUAUUACCACUCCAAACGUGGCAUGUGGAACCGACACAUCCUUCAGACUACAUAA